UCUACUCUCAUGACCAGCUGCGUGGAUCUGCAGGGCGAGUCCUGAGGGCAGAGGGAACCGUCUUCCUCCCGAAGAUGUGGCCCCGGCAAAGCAAUAGCUACAGUCGCUCUUUCAAGCAGAGGAAGAGCCUGGCCAGUAGGAUGCGGGAAGCAGCUGAAAUCCGGGCAAAGUACCCCACCAAGAUCCCGGUGGUGGUGGAACGUUACCAGAAGGAGAAGCAGCUGCCCUGGUUGGACAGGACCAAGUUUCUGGCUUCCCAGGACUCGUCCAUGUCUCAGUUCAUGAUCACCCUGCGGUCACUGACCCCGCUUCAAGAGAUAGGAAGCCCUCCUGGGGUCCCAGCUUGCUGUUCCCACCAAGGAACUGACACCACACUAAUUUCUGCAGUUUCCACCCCCAUGAUGCUUCUGAGGCCCAUCUGCCCAUUCGCUAGGUUGAUGCUUUUGUUUACCUGGGAUAUAAACGUACCUUCCUUGUCGCUGCCUGGUGACCUGGCAGGUCCAACAAGCAAAUACACGUUCCAUUGCCAAGACAAACUGGGCUGAGGCAUGUCUUGCCAGAAAGACUUUGAGAGCAAUUCUAGCACCUAUUUAUAACUCUUUAUACACCCCCUGUAUGUAUGCUGGUUCCAAAAGUCAUUGGGUGGGGUGUUACCUGCUGGUAUGUGAGGCUGCACCUAACAGGCUGGCAUCCGGUCCGACACACCUUCUGGGAAGAGCUGCGGAUGCAGACUAGUGACCCACCACUGGGCCUGUGUGUCACAAGUACCUUGUUAACCACAAACGCUCCAGUAGGAUUAACCACCACAAACAGCAUGCAUGCAAGCCAACCCUACAAUCACAGCACAGAAUGUGUGCAAGGGAGUGGUGAACACCUCUUUGAAGGAUGCUCCAUGCUCUGUGAGGACUCUGAGAACACGCAGCAGAAGGGCAGAGCAGGGGUUAUGGGGGCUAGCCUGGGACUUGGGAGAGCUGGGGGGGGGUCAACUACCUGCUCUGCCACAGACUUAGCCUCUCAGGACCUCAGCUCCCUGUCUCAUGGAGAUGAUUCUUCUCCCUCACAUGCAUUCAGUGUUGAGGCUUGGUGACUGGGGAGAGCCAGAGACCUCGCAUAGUGAUUGAGAGUCUCUAACUGCUGUAUCCACCUGUUCCAUCUUGUACUCAGAUGCCAAGGUCUCUCUGGCAGGGUCCAUCCUGUCUGUACAGCAACUGGUGCCAAUCACUGACAUCGAUACCGCCAAAUGCUGCAAUUCAUGCUCCUUGGAGCCGUUGAGUCUCCUUAUCUAAUAGUCUCUGAAAAUCUCCUUAAACCCCCAGAACUCGCAUGUCCCUGACGGCGACCCAGGCCUUCUACCUGCUAGUAAACAACAAAGCUCUGCCCAGCAUGAGCAUGACCAUGGGGGAGGUGUACCGUGGCCACAAGGAUGGGGACGGCUUUCUCUACGUAACCUAUGCUUCCCAGGAGAUGUUCGGCGGCGGCUGCUCAGGUGGCCCUGCGGCGACUCAGUCAUGAACCUGCCUGUUGCCAGCUGGUCUCUGUCGUUGGUUUAUCUUGUGAUGCAAACAACUGCAGGGGCUGCAAACCUCUUUCUUAACCUGAAUUUUUAAUUAAACUGCUGUCUGGGGAUAGAGGAGGAAAGCAUGAAAGUCCAGAAGCUACUAGCAGGAUCGCUCUCCUGCAACAGCGCUGGGGACUCGAGUCUCUCUGAACAGACGCCUGUUAGAAGAAUAACUUGUGACUAAAGUGAUGAGAUGUUUUUAAUGCCAGAACCACAUCCUAUUGAAUCUCACUCUGAUCCGCUGCAAGGUUAUUCUCUUAACAGGCCUAUUCCUCUCCCUUUUUAAUGAAUUUCACUGCUGGACUUUGUUCUGGUUAGUGGCACUGGAAACUUUAAAGUUUGGUUUUUUUAGCAAGUCUGCUCCUGUAACAGGGAUUGGUGUACCAGGGUUCCACAGCUGGGAUUUUUAAGCUUCACCUCAAUUAUCUGUAACUUCUCCUGUUUUUUAAGUUUGAGUCCUUGGAAUAAAGCAAUCAAAAUGUGA